UCUGCCUCAAGUGACAAAGCAUUUUGGGUAGGCAGAGUAAUCUAUUUCCAAAUAGAGAUCCUGACUCCCACCCCCCAUUCAAAAUAUUUUAUCUUCAUAGUUACCUCAUAGGACUUUUUCUUUUGGCCAAAGGGGGAGAUUACUUAUUUAUAAACUUUUCUCUUGCACUUCCUAGUCUUUAUGUGAGUCUCUGUGGCUUGUAAUCUCAAGGGAGAUCAGCUGCCAUGUAGAAGGAUAAAAGAACAAAAUGUUUUAAAGUAUAUAUUAAAAAAUCCCUAAAGACAACAAAGACCUUUAAACAGAAUUGUAUUUUGGGUACACUCAGCAACAGUUUAUCAUUCUCUCCCCCCCCCCAGCAGCUUAUAAAACCAGCAGCACCUAUAGCAGAGAGAAGGAGAAGAAGGAGCAGAGAGGAACUGUCUGGAGCCAGAACCACAAACCAGGAGAGAGAAGCCAAUUCCGUCCGACUUCAAUAUGGCUAUGAAGAUACAGGUCCUUCUCCUGGUCUCUUGGUUCGUCCUGGGGCAAUCUGUUCCCGGCUCAGGUAGACCUACAAGAGAAUCCAUCACUAACUACAAGUUGAGAUUUCGCUUGCUUUGCUUCCCACUCCCUUCCUUUGUUCCAGACUAGGGCAAACGUGUACAGGAUGUUCUGCGGGGUAAGGAGAGAGCUUGCCAAGCGAGAUCUGCAAGCUGGCACAGUGUGGGUGGGCUUCAGAAUGGCCCCUUGCAAGGCAGGCUUCUUGGAAGAUGAUGACACAGUGUUGGUUUCCCUGAGCAUCAUGGCAGGGCAGACGUUAUUCAGAGGUCACCAGGCAGUGCAUCAAGGCUCUUUGGGUACCAAAUCAGACCUGAGGCCGGAUGGAAAGGGGGUCCAGAUAUUCCUUUUCCUCCAAACAUGUCUGAAGUUGACCAGCCACCACUGCGUCAGCGACCGUGCCCACAGUCACUUCCCCACUCCACCUCUCUCUCUCUCUCUCUCUCUCUCUCUCUCUGUGUGUGUGUGUAGGUAAAGGUAAAGGGACCCCUGACCAUUAGGUCCAGUCGCAGAUGACUCUGGGGUUUGCGGCGCUCAUCUCGCUUUACUGGCCGAGGGAGCCGGCGUACGGCUUCCGGGUCAUGUGGCCAGCAUGACUAAGCUGCUUCUGGCGAACCAAAGCAGCGCACGGAAACGCCGUUUACCUUCCCGCAGAGCGGUGCCUAUUUAUCUACCUGCAAUUUGAUGUGCUUUCGAACUGCUGGGUUGGCAGGAGCAGGGACCGAGCAACGGGAGCUCACCCCAUCGCAGGGAUUCGAACCACUGACCUUCUGAUCGGCAAGCCCUAGGCUCUGUGGUUUAACCCACAGUGCCACCCGCAUCCCUGUGUGUGUGUGUAUAAAACCCAAAUUAAAAAUGUCUUUAAAAGUAAAUCAAAUUAAAUUAAAUGAGCCUGCCCUCUCCCACCCUGCCUCAGAGAGAGAGAGAGAGAGACUUGUCUUAUGCUGCCUACCACACAAGAAAAGAAAAUUUGAGAGAAAGAAGUGAAGGAAGAAACCUGGGACUUAGCAAGAGGUGGUGGUGUCUCAGAUAAAAAGCGGAUAAAAAACUGCUAGGUUGGCAGGAGCUGGGACAGAGCAGCGGGCGCUCACCCCAUCGCGGGGAUUCAAACCACUGACCUUCUGAUUGGCAAGCCCAAGAUUAGACCACAGCGCCACCCUCAUCCCUGUGGGCCUGUAACUGUGGGGAGUUGCCUUUUCUCAGGUUUCUUCAUAUUUAUUUAACCAAUUUAUGGGCUGUUUGACGUGGCCGUUUCUACAUCCGUAUGAAACUCACACAAAAAGGUCCCAUAAUUUUUUAGGGACUGUCACAUUUGUAGAGUAGAUGCUGGACUCAAUGAGACUUGUUGGUCCCUUCCAGCUCUAUGAAUCUAUGUCUACUAGGAUCAUUCGCUAUGCCUGGAGUAGGACCCCCCCCCCCCACAUCCUCCACUGGGCAUGAUGGAGGGCAGGGCAGCCCCCCCAACACCUCCCUGCGCCAGUCCACCUGCCGCUGGGAGCAGCCAUGUCACUCUGCCUAAUGGUAGGACCCGCCCUGAACAAAAUCUCCCUUUCUAGCUAAGCCCCAUCCCACCCCAAUCCAGGAAGAGGCCACCGUGUCCCUUAACUCAGGUAUUAAGGAAGUCGUCAAGGAAGUUCUUUUGGUACGGUUGUACGGUGCCAGGGGUCAAACUGGGAAGCUCCUUCGUGCAAAGCAGGUGUUCUGCCGCUGAGCCGUGGCACUCCCCUUUUAAAAUAAAGUAAGUCUCUAGUCCUCAUGGUUCUAAGGAAAGGGCCGCUUCAAAUAGGAACACUGGAAGCUGCCUUUGCUGAGCCAGACCAGUGGUCCCCCUGACCGGGGUGUGUGUGUGUCUGUCUGAGUGUUCAGGCAGGAAGUCUCUCCAAGCCCCGCCUGGAGAUGCCAGGAUCUGAACUCGGGACCUUCUGCAUGCAAAGCAGGUGUUCUGCAUGCAAAACAGGCUACAGCCCCUAUGCACAACAUUGAGUCCUGGCAACACCACAGUCAUUAGAUGGAGCCAUGUUUUCGGCUUUAAAGGCUUUUAGAAUAUUUUAACUGGAGCUGCUUUUAGAUGCUUUCAAAUGUAAUAAGUUUUGCUGGGUUUUUUUUUAUAAUGAUCUAACUGUUUUACACUAUUUUAGCUUUGUGUUUCUGUUUGCUGACCUAGGUUCCUUGGAGAGGGAAGGGAGGGGAAUUAAUAAUAAUAAUAAUAAUAAUAAUAAUAAUAAAUUUUUAAAAACAAGACAAAACACCAAAUUUUAAUGUAUCAUUAUCUUUUUUUUUCUGAUUCUCCCUACAGAUGAUAUGCGCCAGCGACCGAUACAGAUUCCUGGACGAGGUUAGAGGGUCUCUGUUCCAACUACUAUCCGUGUUGGGGGAUGGGGCUAGUUUCUUAGGAAAACAGUCAUUUAGAAAUCUUAGGUCAUGCAACAAAAGAAAAUCAUAUACUAACAAAUCAAUGUAUUUGAUAUGAAUUGGCAUUACUACGUAUUUUAUUGUUUUAUAUGUCGCUUUGAGACUUUGGUAGGAAGCGGUGAACAAAUGGAAUACAGUGGUACCUCAGGUUACAUACGCUUCAGGUUACAGACUCCGCUAACCCAGAAAUAGAACCUUGGGUUAAGAGCUUUGCUUCAGGGUGAGAACAGAAAUCGUGCUCUGGCGGCACGGCGGCAGCAGGAGGCCCCAUUAGCUAAAGUGGUGCUUCAGGUUAAGAACAGUUUCAGGUUAAGAACGGACCUCUGGAACGAAUUAAGUACUUAACCUGAGGUACCACUGUAAUGAAUAAUAAUAGAGAGAUAAAGAGGGCGAGAGAAAGAUUGCUUCUUUCUUUCUUUCUUUCUUUCUUUCUUUCUUUCUUGUAUUUUGAUACAAUUUAUUAAUUUUAUGAUAAAAAACAAAAAACCCCAAAGAACAUCACAAUCAAAAUCAUACAUCUUAACUGACUUCCCUCCAACUCCCCCUCCUGGUACAAUUUUUAAAUAUUUUUUUAUGUCUGCAGAAUCACUCUUAAGUAUCCAAUUUUAAAGCCUUAUAUAUAUUAUUACAAGUGAGCUUUUAAAAGUUCGACUAAUGUAGAAAUCAAUGCACAAAGCUUACUGAUUAUGCCUGAACAUUUCUCCCUUUUUUUUAAAAAGGGGGGGGGAGGAAAUUGUCUGGUGUGUCCAGUAUAGUUCAUUAGUUUGUUUUGCCAAUCUCCUUCGUCAUCUUUGGCAGUGUCGUCUUCCUUCUAUUGGGAUGAGCGUAGUUUGAUUUCCAUCCUUCUCUCUCUCUCAUCUUCCCCAUGGGCUACUUUUAAAAUGAGGUUGCAUUUUAAAUUGCAUUUUAACCUGUAAUUUAAAUUGGGUUUUUUUGGUUUUCCCCUAUUAUGUUUUUACUGUAAUUUUUACUGUUGUUAGCCACCCUGAGCCCGGCUCUGGCCGGGGAGGGCGGGGUAUAAAUAAAAUUUUAUUAUUAUUAUUAUUAUUAUUACUACUACUAUUACUAUUAUUACUAUUACUAGUAAGGGUUGAAGGAGGGCCAGAAAAAUUCCCACCUGCCCGCCCCAGCGCCAAGAAUAUCGGGAACAUCUGCAAGGAUGGGAGUAAGAAGCUGUCCCAGGGCCUGAAAGACUCCGAUUACUCAAACGUCUAUGAGAAGGCUAAUGUCCUCGUGGAUCUGGGAGAAGCUCUGGGCAAGUGCUGCCGGCAGCCUGAAAAGGAGAAGCUCCCUUGCUCCCAGAAAGCAGUGAGUGCUUCUCAUUGUCCCCCAUGGCCUGACAAAUAUGGCAACUGCUUUAAUAUGGGGGCCUUGUGGGGUCGGGGGGGGGGCGCUGCUCUUAGGCUCAUUCCAGGGUAAGGGGGUGGCUGCUCUUAGAUAUCCUUUGAAAGACUUGUAAUCGUUCCAACUUUUUCCUUCCUUCCUUCCUUCCUUCCUUCCUUCCUUCCUUCCUUCCUUCCCUCCCUCCCUCCCUUCCUUCCUUCCUUCCUUCCUUCCUUCCUUCCUUCCUUCCUUCCUUCCUUCCUUCCUUCCUUCCUUCCUUCCUCCCUUCCCUUCCCUUUCCUCCCUUCCCUUCCUUCCUUCCUUCCUUCCUUCCUUCCUUCCUUCCUUCCUUCCUUCCUUCCUUCCCAGGGUAUAUUAUUUAUACCCUGCCCAUCUAGCUGGGUUUCCCCAGCCACUCUGGGCAGCUUCUAACAAAGAUUAAAAAUACAAUAAAACAUCAGUCAUUAAAAACUUCCCUAAACAGGGCUGCCCUCAGAUGUCUUCUAAAAGUCUGAUAGUUGUUUAUUUCCUUGACAUCUGAUGAGAGGGCGUUCCACAGGGUGGGCGCCACCACCAAGAAGGCCCUCUGCCGGGUUCCCUGUACCUUGGCUUCUCGCAGUGAGGGAACCGCCAGAAGACCCUCGGCGCUGGACCUCAGUGUCUGGGCAAAGUGAUGGGAAGUGAUUGGGAAGGCAAUUAGGAUUCAGUUGUACAGUGGUACCUCGGUUCUCGAACUUAAUCCGUUCCGGAAGACCCUUCAGGUUCCGAAACGUUCGAAAACUGAGGCGCAAAGAAAGGGCAGGCUGCAAAUUCAACGGAGAAAACUGAAAAACACACGGCGGAAGCCGUUUGACUUCCAAGGCACGUUUGAAAACGGAAGCCUUUGCUUCCGGGUUUUCCGAAACGUUCGUCAACGGAGACGUUCGAGAACUGAGGUACCACUGUACAGAGGCAAAAGAACAGCCUCGUCUCGAAUGCCAAAUGUGAUCGUUGGUUACUUUGGGACGAGAGAGUGCUCUGCAGACGACCCAAAGCUGCCCUCUUCUCAGUCUGUUGCUGUUUUGUGUGCAAAUCCACACACACACACACAUUUUGCAAAACAGACAUUUGGACACAUAUUAAAAAGAGGGUCUGAGUCGGCCCAGAUUAAGAAACCCUACUUAGCCAUCUUAUUGACCAUCUCAUCUGUCUCCCUCCUGGUCCAGUGGUCAGCCCUCCUGAACAAGAUGUGCGAAAAGCAAGGCGCAGUAAAGAUGGAACAGAAUAAGUGCUGCCUAAUGGAUGGUGCUGCCAUGGAAAACUGUUUUGACCAGAAUUCCCGCUUCCCAAAUUACGAUUUCAAGAAUUGAUGGGCGAUUCUGUAGUGACCAAUGUAACAUUUGCAGCUUCUUUGCAUAUAUAUUGUGUGUGAUUUGACUAGUAUUAUGUAACUCCAAUUAACAUGAAGCUGUUUCUUACCUGCCUUGAUCCUUCCCUAUAAAAACAAUCAAUCAUUAUGGCCAAGGUUGUUUAAAUGUUUUCUUUUUAUUGUGUUUUUUUCAAAAAGAUGUAGCCAAUGUAACAGCUUUGCAACCUCAAUAACUUAUCUGUAACAUGGGCAAGCUUUUCCUCUGAAAGUAUGAAUCAAUUUUUCUUCUGUUUGUUGCACUAUACUAGGGUUUCACGGCCAAGUGCCAAAUCGUUGGUAAUGUUUAUUUGAAAACUGCAGAAAAGAGGUUUUCUGGCAAAUGAAAUGUGACCAACGUAACAUGACCGAUGUAACAAUGUGACAAUUCUUUCCUAGACAAUCACAAAAUAAAGGACUUCAUAGCAUGUGA